GUGCUGUGAUAGAACUCCCCGAAGUGUGAACCUUAGAGUCUUUGCGAGAAAUUUUCUCUUAGAAAUGGUGCUAAGUGGUGUGUCCUGGUGCAUCCUUAUUGGAUUAUCCCUCGUGCAAUUCUCCGUGGCGCAGGAAGAGCCCCACGCAAAGAACUGCAGUGAUACAGCAUGUCGCAGUGGAAGAGUGUUGAGGAAUAUAUUUCACUAUGUAACGAGUGAUGGUGAUGGGAAACCUCUUGUGUUAGUACCCGGUCUUGAGAUUAUCAACCUACCACCUCAAGAGACCGGCCGGUCGUCAGACUACGAUGAUCUCAAGCAUCAGGGUGUCUUUGCGAGGAUUGCCAAAUAUCUGCAGACUCAUGAGAUCAAGAUCAAGUUCCCCGAACUCGUUGGACAGACUGAAUUCAAUGAAGUGCUCGCCAGUACCAUGAAAAACAUCAAUGAAGGGGAUAAUGUCGUAGAAGGACGAAAAAAGGACAAAGGUGGUCUUGGGAUGGUGAUGAUGAUGGGCAUGAUGAUGGCUAAAAUGAUGGCAGCUUUGGGACUUGGAGGAGUUGGAGCUUUAGCCAUGAAAGCUCUCGGUGUAUCAAUGAUGGCUCUCAUGUUGGCCGCAAUCAUAGGUAUCAAGAAGCUAGCGGAAAGUGGUCAUGAUGAUGGUGGCCAUCAUGUUCAAUAUGUAACGGCUCAUGAUCACCAUCGGAAGCGACGUGAGGUGCGGAGAAACUUGGACAUGCCCUACCGAGGAUGGAAGCCACAGUACACCCUCGCAGAAUGAGGCUGAUUUUUCAUCAACUUCCUUUUCAUUCCAAAAAUUACUAUAUUUUUACAAAAUAUCUCGCGAUAAGUUCUCUAAUAUUUAUAACACAAUUCUUCCUAUUUAUUUGUAAUUUAUUGUUCUGUGCAUAAAAAGUGAUUUGAAACUGAAGAUUUGUGUGUGCUCUUAACAUGUUGUUUCACACACAGUUGAGCCCACUCUGUAUAGGGCUGACGGGAUGCAAGAAUGAAAGUCAAGUGAUCAUUUCUUGAUCGUUCAAUUAGACAAAAGUUAGUGCCUAACAAUAUCUAAUAUCAUAAUCUCUGAGCUGUUAUGUUCCAUGUGAGAUCAUCAUCGGCAGCUGCUGUCGGUGGAACAGUCAUCUGAAGCAUUUUCUUCGUUGUGGAAGAGCAAUCGACCCAAUAACCCACUUUGUUUUUAUUUUAUUUCAUAUCGUCAGUUUCACAAAUUCUCCUAAAACACGGAACCGACGAAAAUCAAAAUAUAUGUACAAUCUAUGUUAUGUAUGUACACAUAUAUAAUAUACUGUAAAUUCUUGCUGACACACUGUGCCGCUAAAAAAGGCGUGUUUGACUCUCAUGUAGCAUUUCCUGUGCACAGAGAGGAGCCUUUUGGUGUUGAGAUUCGACAAAAAAAGAUGAAAAUUGCAACACAAUAACCUCAUCAAAAUGAAUCGAUGGGGUUAAAGAUGAUCAAACAACACAUGGGUAUAUCAUACAGCAAAAGGUGAUCUCACCGCACAUAUACAAAAUUGACUGACAUUGUUGCAAAAUGAUCUUGAACGUGAUCUUCAACCUCACCCAUAGACACUAUGAUCUUUCACUCUCGCGGAAAGCUAUAUGGCAUAAAAAAGAACGUCAUGUAAAUAUGAUGAUCACGGUCAAAAAGUUAAAAAUAGUCUACGCGAUCAUAAAAUUUCAUCAGUGCAGUGAAAGUUACCAAAGGCUCAAUUCCUCUUCAAACGUGAUUGUAUAUUUAUGGAUUCGCCACACUAUAACUUAUCACGUAAUACGACAGACACACGAUUUUUUACAAUCAAUGUUUUUUUCUAUAAUAUUUUCGCCCAUCGAGAGAGAAAACUAGAAAUUCACACAUGACGCAUAUAAAAGAAGUAUUAUGAUUUACAUUUAUGGUUUGUCGUGAUUUUUGUUGACGAUUUGAAUUAUUUGUUGAUUUUUUUUGUUCGUAAGUCUGGGAUAGGAUUAAUCUAGCUUGAGGUUUAGAGAAUACUUUUCUUCCGAAGUGCUUUGAGAAGAAAGUUUUACAGAUGACAAGAAAUUAAAUUAAAUUAAAGUACAUACAAAAGAAUAAUGUUUUAGCCAAGAUUCUAUAAGAUUUUCUCUUAUAAUGCCAUCUUGGCAAAUGAUCCGAAAGUAGCUUAGAAGAAAGCUCCCUAAUGGAACAACAAUUCAUCAUUUCAAUUUACUUUCAAUGCAAACAACAAUAGCUUGGAAUUCUAUGGUGCGAAGUUUAAAUUUAAUUUCUGACACAAUAAAUUGACACUGUUAUACCACAAAAA